AUGCCGAAGCUGGUCUAUCCGCGAAUCUCUCUUCCCCAUAAGAGCCCUGCGUCAGCACGAUCUUUUGCUUCGCUGUCACGACUACAGCUAGCACAACCGCGCCAUGGCCUUCUCAAUGAGCCCUGGCUUCCUCCAGCAUCAGCCUCCCUACUUCCAACAACAUAUUUUUCUCCGAGCCGUGUACGCGGGGAUCUAGACGGAGGGGAAAGAACCCCUCAGAGAAACGACCAUAAGCCACCCGAUGAAAGGACCUUGAAGCUCGGAAAGACAUUACGGACCCUAUCACCCCUACUCCCGACCCUUUUGUACAACACUCUUCCCACCAAAAUCCUCGCCCCAAACGUGAACCUCCAUCUCUUCCCAUCCACACAUCCACACCUCCCAACUGUCAAAGGACGCACCCUCUACCGCGCAGCACUAUGGACAGUCCCAGUCGCAUGGAGCAGCGUCCCCUUACUCGGAAACGUGAAGCUACAGAUCCUCAGCGAAAGGAUCGUGCGCUCAGGCACACUACUCGAUCCAUUGCGCAACGGUGAACACCACGACUGCGGCGAUGAGCGACUAAUAGUCCGUUGGAAGACCGAGCCUCGAACAGACAGCGGAUCUUUCCACAACCCGUCUCCCUCGUCGAAGACGGGUUCAACAACCGCAUCUCAAAAUUCUCCUUCGUUACAAGAGAGUCAUCUCUCCGCUUCGAAAAAUGGUACUAAUAAAGGCCUGAGUGUGCUUCUCGGGGGCGAAGAGCCUAUCUUUAAGCUCUCAAAAGAAGAGCAGUUUACUGGUCUAUUUAUCUUCUCUUUUGACGAGGAGGGUCGGAUCUUGUCUCAUACCAUUGAGCAUGCCGAUGAAGCGGAUGGCUGGGAACGGACUGCGAAGUUCGUUACUUUGACAGACUGGCUUAUUGGCAAGGCGCGUGGCUCGUUGGAUCCUGUCACAAAUCCUGGGCUGGCCAUGGAGACUUGUCAGAAUCAUGGGUUUGAUUCGAGUCACCGCCGGAGACCAUGA